AUGUCAGAAAAAGAGGUUUCACAAACUGAACGGAAAGCACAAAUGAUGAAACUUGUGAAUGAUUUACUAGCAAAUAUCAUUACGAACGAAGAAUAUAUGAAUGCUAUGGCCCAACUUCUGUUUCAGAGACGCAUUCUUUGUGGUAUACAACCAUCAAGUGUUCCACAUAUAGGAAAUUAUUUAGGUGCGAUUAAAAAAUGGAUCGAUCUACAAAAUAGUGGAGAUAAUUUGGUUGUUAUGUUAGCUGAUUUACAUGCUAUCGAUACUGAUGGUUUAGCUUGUCAAAGUCAAGAUCAGCGAAUAUGGAAUGGUGCUCGUUCAACUAAAGGAGUAAAAGGCAAAGGUAGAUAUUAUUUUGAAAUAACUCAAACUGAUCCCAAUGGUAUUGCACGUGUUGGUUGGUCAGUACCAAUAGCAAUAAUCGAUCUUGGAACUGAUAAUCAAGGUUUUGUUUAUGGUGGUACAGGAAAAAAGUCAUUUGCAAAACAAUUUGAUGGUUAUGAUGAAACAUUUGGUGUUAAUGACACUAUCGGAAGUUUCAUUGAUCUUGACCGAAUGAAAAUUCGAUUUUUUAAAAAUGCUUCGUUUAAAUAUCAUCUUUUCAUAUAG